AUGCUCCCCGCGUCUCAGCUGCGCGGCGCCUGCCAGCACAUUCCCACACUGACAGUACAGAAAUGGGAGAAGGAUUCCAAAAUAGACCUUGUGAUUAUCAAAGGAGCUGGAGGAAAAGCCUUCUGUGCGGGUGGGGACAUCAGAGCUGUAACAGAAGCUGGAAAAGCAGGAGAUCCUCUAGCUCAAGAUUUCUUCAAAGAGGAAUACAUCCUGAACAAUACCAUUGGUACAUAUGAAAAGCCAUAUGUGGCCCUUAUUGAUGGAAUAACAAUGGGAGGAGGCGUUGGCCUGUCAGUUCACGGACGGUUUCGAGUGGCCACAGAGAAGACGCUUUUUGCCAUGCCAGAAACUGCCAUCGGCCUGUUUCCCGAUGUUGGUGGUGGCUACUUCCUGCCCAGGCUUCAGGGCAGGCUGGGUCUCUUCCUGGCCCUGACCGGCUUCCGUCUCCGCGGCCGGGACGUGCUGCGGGCGGGGGUGGCCACACACUUUGUGGAGUCGGAGAAGAUUGCCGCCCUUGAAAAGGAUCUGGUUGACCUGAAGUCUCCCUCAAUCAGUGAUGUGGCUAAAGUACUGGACCUGCACCAGCAACAGAGUGGGCUUGAUGCAGACAAACCCUUUGCCCUUGAACAGCACAUGGAAGCCAUCAAUAGGUUGUUUGAUGCCAGCAGUGUGGAGGGGGUCAUUGAGAACUUGAAGAAGGACGGCUCUCCGUUCGCCAAGAAGCAGGCUGAGACUCUCUCCAAAAUGUCUCCCACGUCCAUGAAGCUAACGCUCAAACAGCUGCAGCACGGGGCCUCCAUGAGUCUACAGGAGGUGCUGAUCAUGGAGUUCAGGCUGACCCAAGCCUGCAUGAAAGGUCAAGAUUUCUAUGAAGGAGUUAGAGCAGUUCUAAUUGACAAGGACCAGAGCCCCAAGUGGCAGCCAGGCACCCUGGAGGAAGUCUCAGAGCAGUCGGUGGAGGACAGUUUCAAGUCCCUGGGGGAGCGUGACCUCAAGCUGUAGCACCACUGUCCUGGCAAGCCUCUGGGACCAUCGCAUGUCCCACAUGCCACCCUCAUCAUGGCCUUUUGUGGAAGUAGGCAUGGUGCCAUUCACUACAGAACCAGUGCCCUUUCCUGUGCUGGUAAUGCCCAGAUUGAUAUGUGCCACUUACACGGCAGACAUCCAUGAGGACUGACCACCUAGUGCUUUAUAUUUGAUUGAUACGGUUUGCUUAUAUUUUGUAAAAAAAAAAUAGAAAAUGGCAUUUGUUAUCUGGGAGUGUCUCUGUCCUCACUGCUCAAAACAUUUGAAAGUUAUAUAACAUGGUCUGAAGUAGAUGAAAACUUACUGUACACUGAACAUGUUCAAUAAAGAAACUGUGCUUUAGUAGUCAGUGCACACAGUGAUAUUAGACAUGUUUGAUGUUCUCCUUGCAGCAGACAUCAUGAAGCUGUGGGAAGUCUCUCACAUGUAGAAUUUCAGUAAUGGCAAUUCAUCAUGGGCUAACAGUUCUGGGUUCUGGCAAUUCUUCACGGACCCAGGAACCACUGUAGUGUUACGGCAGAGACCAAGGAGUCAUUGCAGCGUCCCACAUGUUACAUUCUCUUCAACACCUUUAUGAAAUGAGAGGGAGGAGGGUGGCUAUGACUUAGAUAUCUGAUAUAUGUGUAAAUUAGAAAGGGUCAAAGUCAAAUCCAAAUACUACAGGUAGCUGAGGAUGUUUUACGGCUGGAGGUGUAGAUGAGCUCCCUUGUUACUCUCAGGCCAGCUAAUGAAUUGAUCCACACUGUAAGUCAAUUAGUCCCCUCUCAGAGGCAAGGUAAGAAUCGAUGUGACUGUGUUGGCCUUUCUCUGGGCCUGCCAGAGGAAUUAGCGGAGAUCUCUGUGGGAACAGAAGCCAUGUUACAUUGCUCUAUUUGUUUGUUUGCAGUGAAAGUUAGCAUAUGAGACACACAACACCUCUGUGUAUGCAAUUCUCUGAUUCUGUCCUGGUAACUUUGAGGUGCAACAAAUAAAAUACGGAAGUCAGAGAAA